CGGUGUCUUGGCAACAGUGUCAACUAAGCGCUCGAGCUGAUGAGUGAGAACCGCCAGAGUGGGUCGUUUUCGCUGAACUUAAUGUACAGGUAGAAAUAGGAAAGGAGUUAUGAGUGGUCAUAAUGAGGUUAUGGUGUACGUCCGCACCAGACCCACAACACGAUUUGCCCAAGAGCUCAUUGAAUGCUUGCCUGAUAAACAGACGGUGAAUAUACGACAGAAAAAGAUCUCCAGGAAAGGGGUGCUGAACAAUCAGGUGAGCUCUUGGUCUUUUCGGCUCAACGGGGUGCUGCACAACGUAUCACAGGAAGACAUGUAUGAACAGGUUGCCGACAGCGUGGUGCUUGGAGCUCUGGAGGGUUACAAUGGCACAAUUAUGUGCUUUGGACAGACUGGGGCUGGAAAAACGUUCACAAUGACCGGUGCCACUGAGAAUUACAAACAACGAGGGAUCAUCCCUCGGGCCAUACAGAAGGUGUUCUGUGAAAUCGGUAAUCGCGUAGAGCACACUUUCUCUGUGCACCUGUCCUUUCUGGAGAUUUAUAAUGAGACUUUGAUGGACCUACUAGCCGUGGUAAAAGGGGGGCAGGCGAAGCAAUGUGAAACCUUGACAGUGGUGGAAGAGCCAGAGGGCGGGGUUUCAGUAAAAGGCCUGUCCUUACAUUCAGUGCACAAAGAAGAGGAGGCACUAAACUUGCUAUUUGAGGGAGAGAUGAAUAAAAUAAUAGGAGAACAUGCCCUUAACAAGAACUCGUCCCGAUCGCAUUGUAUCUUCACGCUAUACAUCGAGGCUCGCUCUCGCACACUGUCCAAUGCAACGUUUGUCACGUCCAAACUCAAUCUGGUGGACCUUGCAGGUUCCGAGAGGCUGAGCAAAACUGGGUCUGAGGGUCAGGUACAGAAAGAGGCCCUGUACAUUAACAAAUCUCUGUCCUUCCUGGAGCAGGCCAUCUUGGCCUUGGCUGACCGGCGAAGAGAGCACGUGCCCUUCAGACAAAGCAAGCUGACUCAUGCUCUUAAAGAUUCCCUUGGUGGAAAUUGUAACACAGUGCUAGUGGCCAACAUUUUUGCCGAGGAGUCCCAGAUUAAUGAGACGCUCUCCACGCUCCGCUUUGCAGCCAGGAUGAAGUGUGUAUGCACCCAGCCGACCAUCAACAAGCGCAUCGACCCUGCGCUCCAGGCCCAAAGCCUGCAAAAAGAAAUUGAACUCCUGAAGCAGGAGCUUUCCUUUCAAAACACAUUGGCCAAUCGGACUGCUAUAACUUAUGAAGACGUUUCAGAGGCACAGAAAGCAGUGAUAAAGAGUGAGGUUCAGAGAUACCUGGCCGGCACACUGGAUGAGAUCCCGAUCGCGAGCAUUCGGAAAAUCCAGGCAGUGUUUGCGCAGUUCAAAAAAGCUUUUCGAGAGCAGGAACAACAGUUUGAAGAGCUGAAGAGUCAGAAGUGCAUUGUGGGGGAGAAUACUCAGAGCUUAUUGUCCACUUUCGAUGCUAAAGAGGUGGAGGGUGAGAACAUGCUCAGUGUGCAUGCAACAUCACAGAGACAGCCUGUGUCACCGGGAAGAAGUAAAGUCAAGAAGGCUAAUGAGAGCAGCAGAAAACAUGGUCAGAAUAGCACAGGCCCAGAGGAAAAUCUCAGCAUGGUUCAGAGUCAGGCAGAGGUCUUCAUUCCUCCUAAUGUGGAAAGUGCCAAAGAUGACGCUCAGAAGAGAUGCGACUCUCCACCAUCAAAGCAGGAAGCUUUCGAGCUCUACAAGGCAGAGAAAGGCAGUGAGAUCAACAGCAUCCUGAAGGAAAACAAGUCUGUGCUGAAAGAACGUCUAGAACAACAAAAGAAACUCACAGCGAUCAUCAACUUCUUUAAACGGGACAUUGACCGCAUGAGCACUGAACUCCAGCUGUGUAAAAAACAGAGGCAGGGUCAGGGCCAGUUAAUAAGUCCAGACGGGGAGCCUGUGCUGGACGAGGCCGAGGUAAAACUGCUCCUACAUCUCAGAGAAGCAAAGGAUCAGUACAGGAAGAACUACGAGGAGCUUCUCAGCACCAAAGCCGAGGUGCAAUACUGCAGACAUCUUGUGGACCAGUGCCGCGUACGCCUAUUCACUGAGUUUGAGAGCUGGUACAAUGAGUCCUUCCUGCUACCAGAUGAAGUUCUAUCCAUCCUCAAAGAUGGGGGACCUAUUAGACCAGGUUUGGUCCCUGUGGACAAAGCUUUGGCUUUGCUUGCAAAACUCAAACAUGAUGUGGUGGUGUACAGGUGGAAGAUGAACAGGAGGAGUCUGAACCUACCAGGAUUCUUGCAGACAGUGCCACGUCUUUUUAUAAUGCUUAUAACAGGACAAUACAGAGGAGAGCACUUCAUGGCUCUGUUUCCAGGAGGAGCAGCAUGGGACCCCAAGAUUAAAUCACUUGCGAGCAGAUGCUCACGUGACCAUUACAGCAUACUUUCCUUAUUCAAAUAUCUGUUCCUUACUUUCUUAAAAACAAUCAAUUCAGUUUUAUUCAUAGAGCACUUUUAGGAAUGGACUUUAUCCCAAAGCAGAUAUACAGCAAUAAAGAUGUUAUGAGGUUUAGCACUAUUAAGUUUAUCCCAAUCCAACUGUAUGAAAAGAUGGAAAGAGAAAGUACAUUUUUGAUUAAAUAUAUGCUUUGCACUACAUGGGAGGAGCUGGGACCACCGUUUCCAAGGUUACUGUUGGUAAGACACUAAGACGUCAUGGUUUGAA